GAUACAAAUCUUAGCCGUAUUGCACUUCCCAAUAGUAUUCUCUAAAGACUAAUUACAAUUAAUUAACAUUCUUUACUGAACGACUGACCGGCUUGCAAGCGGACUGGCAGGCUGGAUGGUUGGUAGGCUGGCAGGGGGGAAGGCUGCCAUCCCGGCCAGCCUUCAUUAUUUAAUGAUGCAUCAUUGCCAUAUUCGUGGCUCCUACAUGUAAAUAAACUAGUAUCACAGAAGAGGAAGUUCACAAAAGUGUUGUAAUUCUCAUGUUGCUGAGUUUUUGCAUCUUUUUUUAUGUUGUUGUCGUUUUUGAAUUUCACUUCAGCUUUGGGGAAUACGUUAAGUUACCCAGUUAGCGCUAUGCGGUCGACCAAGGAUCAUCUAGAAUUCGGACAGUUCGUAAACAAUCAAGACGCAAACCAGAACUCAGCACUUCACAUAGCCGUUCAGAAAGGUCACGUGUCCAUCUGUCAGGUCCUCCUGCAGCAUGGUGCUGACGUGAACAUUCAAAACAAACACCAUCAGACUCCUUUGCAUGUGGUGUCCAAUGGAAGAAACAAAGAGAUUUUGGAAUUACUCAUCAAACGAGGAGCAGAAACAAACACGAAGGAUUGUAACCAAAGAACUCCGCUACACAGUGCCGCUUCGUUUGGAAACCCAGAAUGCAUCGAGCUUCUUCUCAAGAACAACGCGUUCAUAGAUUCCUCGGACGCCGACGGUAUGACGCCAUUUCUCUGUGCUGUAGCCGCUGGUCAUGCAAACUGUGCCAAGAUGCUUCUCGAGUCCGGUGCCGAGAUAGCUGCUCGUGACAAUUACCAGAGAUGCUGUGUUCAUCUUGCUGUAGAAAACGACAAGGAAGACGUCUUAAAGCUCUUGCUGGAGAGAUGUGGUUCAGGAAUUAUAAAUUUUCCUGACGUACAUGAAAGAACACCCCUGCAUUACGCCGCGUCAGCUACAAACAUAAGGCUUCUGAGCGUUUUGUUGGAAAAGAAAGCGAACCCUUUGCUGAGAGAUGAUGCUGGAAAUACGCCAUUACACAUAGCUGCUGAAAAUGGAAAGGCCCGCCAUGUUGAAGCUCUAACCAAAGCUUCCAUCACCUGUGUUUGUCAAAAGGACCUAGAAAACAGAACACCGCUUCAUUUCGCGGCGUUAAAUGGAAAACAGAAAAUCUGUUUAAUCCUUGUCCAAAUGGGUGCACAAGUCGACAGUCUUGAUGCCUACGGCUGGACGCCUCUGAUAUUUGCUGCUAAGAUAGGUGCCAGUGGCUUAAUUGAAAUGUUUCUCGACUUGAAGGCCAAUAUCGAUCAGCAAGAUCAAACAGGGAACACAGCACUCCUAAUUGCCUCCGCGUGUGGUCAAGUGGAAGCUGUAAAGAUCCUCCUAAAUCGACAAGCCAGCUUGAAGGCGAAUGAAAAUGGACUUAACUGCCUGGACGUGGCCAUUGAGAAUCAACAGGGAGACGUUGUCAUGGCAAUUACUAAUAAUUAUAGAUAUGGUGAUACCUUGCUUCGUUCUGUUCCUAGAUGGAGAGAGAUCUUGUCAGCGAAGUGCCCUGAUGGUCAGAAUCGAAUGGGGAAGCUAAUUCAACGGUUCCCAGAUGCUGCCAAGUGCGUCAUGGAUCGCUGUAUCCAGAGGUCUCUGACCAAACGCUCUAUUGACUAUGAUUUUCGUCUGCUCGAUCCAGGCCCUGAUGAUCAAAGUGGACCAAACGAGGAGCCUUUCUUCGGCCUCAUGGUUAUGGUGAGGUACAAACAAAAGGAUCUCCUGGUGCAUGAUCUUUGCAGAAAACUUCUCAAGAUCAAGUGGCGCAGUUAUGGAUGGUUCGUUUACUGGACAAACCUUGCCAUAUUUUCAUUAUACCUGUUUCUGAUGACGUUCUUCAUGUUGGAUAAGCGGAAAAAGGUUGUCCUCAAGCGCAAACACGAUGAAGACGAUGACGAUGGCAUGUUCGAGCAGAAAGAAGCACUCCAUAAAAUAGUCCCAUAUCUCAUCCUGGUAUUUGCAUUAUUACAUCUAGCCAAAGAGCUUUACCAGAUAUGCCUCCAACGAGCAGCGUACUUCAAAGAGUGGACAAACAUACUGGAAUGGGUCCUUUACGUGUCAACCAUAGUUUUCAUACUUCCUUACGUGUCCAGAGGCCUGUCAAGUCUUCGAGGUGACACGAGGGUCACUUGGCAAAUAGGAGCAGUUGCCGUUUUCUUGGGCUAUUGUAACCUGAUAUUGUUCGCACAGACUUUGGAUCAUGUUGGCAUCUACGUGACAAUGUUUUUUCAAGUAGCAAUGACGGUGCUCAAAACCAUCAGUCUUUUCAUGCUGUUUGCUGUUGCCUUCUCAGUGGUGUUCUACAUACUCUUCAGGGAGCAGGUAAAAUUCUGUUUUUGUGUGUAGAACGUCUAAGGUAUAAGUCAGUUUGCUAGAACUCAGCAGCGAAUUUUUGCCUUGCCUCGCUGUUGGACUGAUAUAAAAAUAGCCCAUUUCCGAGUUGCCCUAAGCCUCUCUAUCAAAGUGAGGUCAGGUACACAACCAUUUAUUUGAAAAUGAGUUUAAUUUGCACGUGAAUGAAUGAUCCACAUGAAAGGAUAGGGACCAAGACUCGCUUUGAGAAAGAGGCUAAAGUAAUUCUGCAAUGGUCUAUUCAUUUUCUAUUUUUCAGGACGCGUUCGACACCUUUUUCUUGACGCUAGUGAAGGUGAUUGUGAUGACUGUUGGCGAGCUAGAUUAUACCACUAUGUUGGUGGACAGCCUAGAACAAAAGGAUCCAGUAUCUCAUGCGCAUCUUGUACCUUACAGAGAAUCAUCGUUUAUCUUCCUGUGCCUCUUCAUAUUUGCCAUGCCUAUUGUUCUUAUGAACCUUUUGGUGAGUAAAUAGAUUGAGAGUGAAAACAUUAGUGACUAUAUUGCAGUAUCUAAGUAUUUACCAAUGGUUUACGUAGUCGGGACACACACAUAAUGAACAAGCAAGUAAAAUUCAACGGAAACUUGUUACAAAUCCUAACUGUCGGGAGGCUGUGAUUUACGCAUAGCGUGGAGGAGUUUCAUUCGGGAUCGGAAAGAACAAAUCUAUUCAGUGGUAACUAGGAGCCCAACCAUUCCACCACUAACCCUUAAGACUUUAAAGCUGCUAAAUUAAUAAGGCAACCGGAGCAUGGGAACUCAAAGACAAAUUGAACAAUAGGUCUCCAAAAUGUUAAAAUAGUUAUUCUUUUUACCCACCUGAUGGGAAAUAUGUACCCUCAAAAACGUUUCUCACUAGUUGUACUUUUUAUGAACUUUCGCGUUCGACUGAAGUAUGACUUCAUUUACUUUCAAAGAGUUAGUCUACUUCUGAGA